ACAGUCCUUUGUCUCGUUACAAACACCUAGCCACGUACAAAUACGUAUCUUAAUCCCGCGAAUGUUAAAACCUUAUAAAAGUAUACCGAAAUGGGUAAUACGUUCAGUAGUGUCCCGACAGGUGGAGGAGAUAAAGCUGUUGACACAAUGAGUUCCGACGACAGCGUUGAGGAAUUCCACGAUACUAUUGAAGACAACUAUGAUAGCGAAGAUAGAGACACAAGAGUGAAAGCAAAAGAAGCAGAAAUGGAAGAGUUUAGAAGACAACUGCAGAUAAAAAGAGAACAAAGAAGAGAAAUCCUUAACAGACAUAAAAUGGAGAAGAAGGAACUAGAAACGUCUUUGGAAAACGAAAAGAAAGCCAAGUCAGCUGCUUGUGAGAGCAAUAGAAUGCUGAGAGAGUUGCUGGCACAAAACAAUAUUGAUAUACCUGAAAACUUACAGUGUAGCAAAGAGUAUAGUGAUAUAAAGGAAACUGUAGUGAAUAUGCAAGAGGAAUUUGAGAAGCUUCGAGCAAACAACAAUAGGCUACGAAGAGACCUGGUUGAAGCCAACAGCGCACUGCAGGGCGCCAACUCGGAUAUAAUAGACCUUCAUGGACAAAAUACUGAAUCCAUGAAGCAAAUAAACGCUUUGAAAGAAGUGAUAGCUGUUAGCAAAACUAUGUUGGCGCUGAGGGAGCAACAGCUUAAUGAGCUCAAAGAGAAACUGAGUGAGAUCGAGCGGUCCUUAGCAGACAGAGAGGCGAGCAUGCUCUCAUCAGACCUGAGACAAGAGUAUGAGAGGCAGCUGCAGAACAUCAGGACUCUCCGAGGACUCUAUGAGGAGAGGGCGAGGCUGGCUGAGGUCACCAGACAAGGACUCCUCAGGGAGAUUGAGGAACAAAAGACGUUGAAGCUCAUUGAAAGUGACAAGGUGAAAGACCUGACAACGAAAGUGGAAGAGCUGGAAGCGAGGGUCGAUGAACUUCAGGAGACGGUAACAAACAAAAACAACCAGAUAUACUCCUGCCAAGAAGAGACACGACGUUUGAAGGAGGAAAUGUCUGCUGUGAACAAGCUUUUCUCCCAAGUGCUGCUAGGCUACAAGAGCCCACAGGACCUGGACAAGCUAGUUCACCGUCUGGAGGAGAACCAUGGUCUUCUUACCCACAUGGCGGAGAAGGAAAACGAUUCUGAAGCAUCAUCAGCUCUGCCCAAACUCUUGUUAGAGAUCGUCAGUCAAGUGGAUGAUGGUGAAGAAAAGGGUGAAAAUAAAACACCUAAAGAAGAACAAGAAGCAGUAGAAAGUAAAUCUACUGAUGAAAAUGACAACGCUCAGAGUUCAGUGACCACCUCGACGACAGCUGAAGAAAUUGUCCAAAACUUACCGAAGGUGUGGAGAGUUCUAAUGGAGCUGCUGAGUCAUCAAACUGCUCCUGAUGACAAUGCAACGGAAAAAGUCACAACUUGCUACAAAACCGUUGAAACUAAAUCGGGCCCUGUUCAAGUGCCAAGCGUUAGUCAAACCUACAUAAGAUUAAAAGACUUGAUUGUUGAAAAGUUGGCUCUGAUCAAAGAGGUGAAUCGCAUGAAACAACUGAAUGGUCACCUGGAGACUCGUCUAGGAGAACAGGAACGGAAGCUGUGUCUCGUGACAAGUGAGCUCAGCAAGACGUGGCAUGUCGUCGGUAGACUUCGUAGACAUCACCAUCAGUUACACACCCACGAGAAAAUCCUCAAAUACGAACUCCAACAGAAGAGAAAACUUCUCAACGAACUUAAAGAAGAGUUGGAGUACUGCCGUGAGAAAUGGGAGCAGGCGAGAGAGAAGAAUUCACAAUCCGAAAAAGACUGGAGGAAGCUCAGGGCUGAGUUUUCAAGCAGAAAAGCAAAGUCAAACACUUCAUUCAACAACUCGGCUGAAAGCGGUUACAGUGAUGAAAGACCAUCAGACGAGUCUUCAGAAUCGAAUGAUGAAAGUGAAUAUGUUACAGAACCACUCACUAGGUCCAAGAAAAAACUUAAGAAAUCUUUUGAAACCAUCUUAGAUUCGAGUACUGAUUUUAAUUUAGCUGCAGAAAGAGAAGAUCCGGCCAGCGAUAUGUUGGAUGUCGCUGAUCUGCCGCUUGAUACACAUGAUGGUGACGACCACCAUGAUAUAUCUGAUUCUUGCAAUAGUGAAAGUCUAUUGAAAAGUGAAAGAGUUUGUGAGGAAACAGAAGACGAAGUCGGUGACAUUGCUCACGACUCCUGCGCCGAGGAUCUAUCCAUCGCUGAUAACAGUCAAUGUAGCGAUUCUACGGAGAGUAAAGAUAUGAAUCAAUUACUUUCUAAUAGUAAUUCAAUUCAACAAAACGUCCCGACUAUAGAUCCAGCAGCUAUUUUAAAAAGUAUCCAAGAACAAAACGAAAGACUGGCAAAAAAAGACAAAAAACUAGAGAGACUAGAAAAAUCUAGUGCAGCUUUGUUGCAAAAUACACAAAAUACUGCUAAGUUGAGCGACCAAAUAAACGAUACCCUAGAUCAUCUUUUAAACAGGCCCACAUCUACUAAGCUCACUACACAAGAACUAAGUGAUGAUUCUCCAGAAACCGGACAAAACCCAAACAUAGACGAACAAAUUUAUACACUAAAAGUGCCAACUGAUGAUGAUACUAUUGCCACUAACAAUACCGAAACAAACCUUAAUGUUUCAACAAAUGUUUUGAUAGAAUCAUCAACUUCAAACCAAAAUUCAACAGAGCCAGAUAUUGAUUUCAAGGCAAUACUGGAAAACGGAAAGCAUCAAAAUGAACGAUUAGCAAAAAAAGAUGAAAGGUUGCAAACUUUAGAAAAUGAAUGCAUGAAAGUUACAAAAGACAUAUCCGAAACUCUAAAAGUGCGUGAUGCAAUUGUAGAAAAACUUAAUUCCAUAUGUGAAGCUAAUUCUAGUAGUGAGAAUGAAACGUCAGAUAACACAAAUAAGACAAUAAAAGAAAAUACUACAAGCACCAAUAAUGGCAAUCUUCAGAUACUAAAAGUGAAUGACAAAGUUGAUGAUGAAACACAAAAUUGUACACAAAAUGUUACUUUAAGGGUCGACAAUAAAUCUAAUGAAAGUGAAGUAACUGAAAAAGAAAUAACAAACUACAGUAACUCAAUUGAGAUUUCAAAUGAACUUUCAACCUCUAAUUGUUUUGCUACAAAUGAUAGCAAUGUCACUAAUAAAUACAAAGUCAUGGAAGAUAUGGAUAAUGCUUCAAAUGUGCCAUCAACAUCAAGUAAUACUGACAUCCCAGCUGUAGACUUCAAAGAAAUAUUAGAAAACGUGAAACGUCAAAAUGAAACACUUAAUAAGAAAGAUGAAAGACUUCAGAAAUUAGAAGAGGGAUGUAACGAAGUGGUCUCAAACCUAUCGAACACAUUGCUUACUGGAGAAGAAAUAAUUGAGAAAUUAGAUUCUCUUCACAAUGCAAGCGGCUAUGGUGAAGAAAAUACAGAAGACCUGAAGAAAGAUGAAGAUUCUUCUGGCAGAGACAGUUCUGAACCAUCGACGUCUAGUGAAAUAGACCACGAAGCAAUAUUCGCAGCUAGAGACAUUCGAUUGAAAAGACUUGAGGAACAAACCAAAUCUUUAGUCAAUAAAGUGAAUAAGACGACAGACAAGGGGGUCAAGAUACAUUAUAAGUUGGAAGAACUUCAUAACAUUUAUGGUUCAGAAGGUUCUAGGGCAAGCACGCCUUCUGAUAACGAGGAACGAGACAAGGCCAAUGAUACAGACUCGCAGGAAAAUGAUGAAAAAAGUAAUUAGUCUUUAAGUGACAAGAGUACUUGCAGAAGUGUUAAUAAUACUUAAUUGUUCCUUCCAUAAAAGGUUGAAGAGUUUAAUAAGCACUUAUUGGUAAUUUCAAUCAAUCAAUGCACUGUUUAUUCUGCGGCAAUGUUUUUUGCAUAAAAAUUGACCGUUAUUUUGUUGUCUGAUUGGAGAUUUUCUUGUUUAGCAUUGUUUUAGUUUUAAUUGCUCGUGCAUGGUUAUCGUUCAUGAAAUAAAAGUAAUAAUUAAAAUGCAAACUUGUUUUUUUA